AUGCCGGACUUUAUUGAUGCCGACACGGAAGCUGACCUCUUACGCAACAUCUACUCAGUCCCUGAACGUCGCUGGCAACGUCUCGGCAACAGACGACUGCAGAUCUGGGGUGGAACGCCACACGUCAAGGGCAUGAUUGCUGAAGAAAUCCCCAAGUGGUUGCAUUCCCUCAUGGACCGGAUAUCUGACUUGGGCGUCUUUGGACCCUACCGAGCCAACCAUGUGCUCAUCAAUGAAUACAAAUCCGGUCAGGGCAUAAUGCCGCAUCACGACGGCUCCCUGUACUACCCGGUCGUCACCACAGUGAAUCUUGGCGGCCACAGCGUCCUGGACUUCUAUAAUCCAAUAGAAGCAGAACAGAGUGCUGCACUCUCCGAUCGGUAUGUGGGCUCUGCCCUCCUAAUGCCUCGCAGUCUGAACAUGGUCGGUGACCUGCUCUACACGCACUAUUUACAUGGCAUCGAGGAACGCCAAUCUGAUCUUCUCUACACCGAUGCUGCGGGCGACUCUGCGCCUACACAAGAAUCAAAGCUCGAGGAGGUGGAGGCCGAGGAGGAACGAGAUCUUACGAAGCACAUUUUUAACCUUCCGAGCUCUCCUCUUCCUCGGUUGGUGAACGGGUCGCUUACCCGUGAAAACCGCAUCUCUGUCACUAUUCGCCAUGUGCCAAACACGCGAAAAGUGGACUUGCGUCGGCUAGAGUAA